UUGUUGUAGAGACCAGUAGCUUGCUGCCCGUGGUACCUUGCUAAAUAACUAGCAUCAGUGCUGUCACGACAAGCUUGUGCUCGCAUCUGCUUACAGUUAACGGAACGCGUUACAAGUAACGUUAACGUAACAAAACACGUCUUUUUUAACGAUGUACGCGCAUUCUGUGGUGGUUUGAGACAUUAUGUUUUUUCAGCAGCCGACACAAAACCAAGUCCCUGAGUACAUGGCGCUAACUACCCAAAAGGGAGAUUAAAUUACGAUAGUCAAGUUAAAAAUGGGGAUUCCCAGCUCUUGUAAUGGCCACCUCAGGCUACGUAGGUGAGAUACAGCCAGCAGCCCAACCCCAGGGGGCUGGUGUUAGCGUCACACCGGGGCAACCUGAUGCCAGUUCUACCCCUGCAACUGCCCCUCAGUUUCUGGCUGAGAUUCAGACUGCUGUGGCCACACCCACUGUUGUCACAUCCACAGGCCAAACUACUCCCACUGAUCAAGUCACCACCAUCACCACUCCCAAGCCUGCAGAUGGUAGUUUAGCCCAAUCCACAGCACAGACCCAGGCUCCUCAGACACAGUAUGUGACUGCAGAAAUCCAGGGCUCCCCCACGCAGUCUGGAAAUGCUCAAAGCACUCCUCAGUACAUUGUUGUUACAGUCACAGAAGGCUCCCUUCACUCAAGUGACAGUGUGUCGGACUCUAGCCCUCCUCCAGCUGUGGUGCAAACAGGAGUUCCCACACAGGUUGUUCAGCAGGUUCAGACGGCUCAACAGAGGUCUGUUGUGCAGGCCACCUCUCAGAUAGCCAAGACUGAGCCAGGCACUCAGCUCAGUGUCACCAGUCUACAGCCUGUUCAUAUCAGCCAGGAGUUCCUCCCUAGCACCAAGGUAACAGCGUUAGUCAGGGAUAACAAUAUAGAAGAAUGGCAGCUACAACAUGAGAUAAGACAGCCAGAGUGCCAGGCCUGGGCAUCAGCAGACUACGAAAAGGAAUGCUGCUGCACACCUCCCUACCUCCCAUUGGACCUCUUUCAGUAUUACCAAUCACUGUACCUGCUCUCUGUGCAAGAGAAAGAGAUAGGAGCCCACCCUGCAGUCACAAGCUCAGGCCCCGAUAAGCCACCACUGCAGGCUACAACUACCACUUUCCAAGUCCAGCAGCAGCUCACACCAGUGCCAGUGCAACAUGUGUACGCCAAUCAAGUGCAGUAUGUGGAAGGAGGAGAGACCAACUACACCACCAGCACAAUCCGUUCCAGCGCCUUUCCUUACACUGACACACCCUUGUACACCCAGACCACAGCUGCCCAGUAUUAUGAAGGUCAGCCAACAUCAGGCUCAUCCACCCCUGGCACACCUCUAACCGUCUCUGUGACUGCCGGCACAACAGGGGGUGUGUCCAUGUUUGUAGCCCAGCCCACCAGUGCAGCAGGGGGAGGGGCCACAGUGGUGACCACAGGUGGCACCACCAAUGGGGCAGGUGAAGGGGCAGGCACCAAUGGUGGCGCAACAGGCAGCUAUGUGAUCCAGGGGGGUUACAUGCUAGGCAGCAGCGGAGGGGCAGCUGGCAACAGUCAGAACUACUCACACACAGCCCGCGCCUCCCCAGCCACUGUGAGUAUUACAGAGGGCGAGGAGAGUAGCGUGCCGUCGGCAGACAAGAAGGUACAGUGGUUGCUGGACAACUAUGAGACAGCUGAAGGAGUGAGUCUGCCACGUUCUACCCUCUACUGCCACUAUUUGCUGCACUGCCAGGAGCAGAAACUAGAGCCUGUUAAUGCUGCCUCUUUCGGGAAACUCAUUAGGUCUGUGUUCAUGGGGCUACGCACACGACGCCUGGGCACACGGGGUAAUUCUAAAUACCACUACUACGGGCUGAGGAUCAAGGCAGGCUCCUCUCUUCUCCGUCUGAUGGAAGACCAGCAACAUCUGGCCAUGAGGCAACAGCCCUUCUCACAGAAACAGAGGUUGAAGCCUGUGCAUAAAGUAGAGGGAAUGACCAAUGGCACAGCAGCAGCAGCAGGAGCAGGCCAGCAGCAGGGCUCAGGGCAGGUGGACAUCAGCACCCAGGUUCAGCAGUACCAGCAGUUCCUAGAUGCAUCACGCGCUCUCCCAGAGUUUCCAGACAUUGACCUCCAAGGGAAGUCUCUGCCAGAGGGAAUUGAGGUGGAGCACAUAAAGAGCUUUCAGCUGCUGUACAGAGAACACUGUGAGGCCAUACUAGAUGUGAUGGUCAACCUGCAGUUUACCCUGGUGGAAACUCUGUGGAAGACCUUCUGGAGGUUCAGUCAGAGUCAGGCUGGAGAUGCCACGUUGGCUGUUCAUGAUGAGUCAGAAAAGCGCCUCCCAAAGUCCUGCCUGGUGUUGCUGUGCAAGUAUGAUCCGGUGCUGCGCUGGAGCCGGGACUGUGACAACAGCCUGUACCAGGGUCUGGUGGAGAUCCUCAUCCCAGAUGUCCUCAGGCCCAUCCCCAGUGCCUUAACUCAAGCCAUCCGCAACUUUGCCAAGAGCCUGGAGAGCUGGCUGACCAAUGCCAUGAUGAACAUCCCAGAGGAAAUGGUCCGCAUCAAGGUAACAUCAGCCAAUGCAUUUGCCCAGACACUGCGUCGCUACACCAGUCUGAACCACCUCGCCCAGGCAGCCCGCGCUGUCCUCCAGAACACGGCCCAGAUCAACCAGAUGCUCUCCGACCUCAACCGAGUCGACUUUGCUAACGUCCAGGAGCAGGCUUCAUGGGUGUGCCGGUGUGAAGACCGUGUUGUUCAGCGGCUGGAGCAGGAUUUCAAGCUGACCCUCCAACAGCAGAACUCCCUCGAGCAGUGGGCUGCGUGGCUGGAUGGUGUAGUCUCCCAGGUCCUAAAGCCCUACCAGCAGAGCCCUGCCUUCCCGAAGGCCGCCAAACUCUUCCUACUCAAGUGGUCCUUUUACAGUUCCAUGGUGAUCAGGGACCUGACUCUGAGGAGUGCAGCCAGUUUUGGUUCCUUUCACCUGAUCCGCCUGCUGUACGAUGAGUACAUGUACUACCUGAUAGAGCACAGAGUGGCCCAGGCUAAAGGAGAGACCCCCAUUGCUGUCAUGGGAGAGUUUGCCAGUUUAGGCCGGGGUCUAAACCAGCUGGAUCCUGACAAAGAAGAGGAAGAGGAAGAGGAGGAGGAGAGUGAUGAGGAAGGUCAGGAGCUGUCCCUCCCCUCAGACGGGGCCGUGCUAGGAGACGAGUCUCUGGAGCCGCCUGCCAAGCUGGCCAGAAUGGACCAGAGAGUCCUCUUCACAACCGGAUCAGCUGACAACUAACCACAGAGUAACACUAUCAGACCAGUGGGUUGAUUAUAUUGAUUAUGCACACACACACACACAGAUGUACAAAGAACACUAAUUUAUACACUCGAUACAUGUAUAUAGAUUUGGUAAAUGUGUGUGCACACUCUUGCGGCAUACUGUAACAGCCCUAUUUGUUUACACACACACACACACACACACACACACACACACACACACAGACAAACAAAAUAUUCAGUACUGCUGUUGCCUGGAUGGCACAACCACCUGUUGGCACCAUUGCAAUAGGAUGUGGCUUCAAAACCCAGAGAGAAACACAGGGCAUUUAACCCUGUAUUUAUUUGUAAAAAUGAACUAAAGCCAGGCAUUUUUUUUUCUCUCAUUGCAUUGCAACCUGUAGCCUCGCUGCCUCCUUGCUGAGAAACUCACCGUAGAUCCUCCUAGAAUUGCCACUGCCAUGUUAAUGUGGUCUUGAAAAUACUGUGGUGUGUGUGUGUGUGUGUGUGUGUGUGUGUGUGUGUGUGUGUGUGUGUGUGUGUGUGUGUGUGUGUGUGUGUAAAGGUAACUUCUACAGGAGAAGGGUGCAACGUGAACCUUCAACAGUUAAUAUCUAAAUUUAGUUGUUACGAAUGAAUUCAAUGCAUUUGGAAGCUGUGUCCUUCAGAAGCGAAGAGAGACAGCAAGCAGUUGGGAUUUUUGGGUGGGCUUGUCUUGUUUGUGUGUUUUCCAUUUGAGCACUAAGGUCACACCACUCUGCUGUUACUUUUGGAGGCUGACUGAACAUGCUUUUCCAUACACACGUGUGUGUCUGGCUACGUGACUAUGAGUCACGCCAAGUGUUGACUGUUUCCUCUGUAUAUAUUUUUUAAGACAUUCAGGUUUUGAUUUGCGAGACUGUGUGUAGAUUUCCUGUUUGAUUUUAUUCUCCUGUAUAGAAAUGUUCUUGUGUUCUUGGAGUGCCUGUCGCAGCUGCUACACACACACACACACACACACAAGAAAAAGCUAUGGCUGUGGAUUUGGGGCUCUCAUUAGUUGCUGCAAAAAUCCCUCUCUCUUUUAUUUAACAUCUGGUUCCAUGAGAGAGGUACUGUAUGUGUCAUAUUUUUAUGUUCAAAGUGCGUCAUUCCUGUCCAUCCAAUCCUCUGUGGCCUCAUUUUCCUUUGGCAUACAGUAUAAUUUUCCCGCCUUAUUUCAAUAUACUUUUCCAUAUGUGUGCCAAACCCGUUUGAUCCCAUUGUUUUUAAAUUCUCUUUCUAUGUUUUAAGGAGGACAGUGCCUGAGUAAGAACGGGGAUAUACUUAUAUUCUACUGUAUAUUGAUCCACUAUUUUGAAUUUUGUUGUCACUAAGUGAACCUCUUGUGCAGUGUAUGGUGCUGUGUUGUCACACAUUGUAACCAACCUUUGUGUGCAUUAUUGAUUUGUGAUUGUACGUUCAGUUAUCAAUCCUCUAGCAUAUCUUAUGACUUUUCCACAAACAGGCUAAGGCCCUGCCUCUUUGCACAUAUUGAUUAUUGUCUUUAAAUCUCUGACAAGAGUUAUCUGAAAUGUUUUUCAUUUUCUUAGAAGUCUUUGGUGCGUGUGUUUUAUUGGUGGGGUGCAGGUUUCAGAUUUUGUGCGAACAUCUCGUACCACUCUGUGUGGUGAGAGGUGAGAUUGCUCUUUCUGCACAGUCCUCCACCGACACUCAUCUCCCUCCACUGUGCUUUCAUCUCACUGCGUUUCCUCCCUCCUGCCAAUGGCUUUGUUUUGCUUCAAACAUCCAUAUUCUUAAACACUGUUCGUCAAGAUUGGUUGUUAUAAACAUGUCAUUUUUGGAUUUUUGAAUACAAUGUCUUUAAAUAGCUGCAAUGCUCAUGUUUUCAACAAGCAUUGCCAGCCUCAAACCAGCACAUCAUCCUUUAUAUGGAGUCUAAUGCUACCACAGCUCAGUACAUAUCACUCCUAGUCUUUCUGAUCUACAGCAUAUAGAAUGGCCAUUGUUUACCCAGUAAGAAAAAAUGUUUAGUUCAUUUUUAUAGUGCAUUGUUUCUUAUGUACAAAACAAAUUGAG